CCCUCACAAUAUAUCCUCAGCUCUCUGCUCUUCUUCUUCUCCAUCUUCUUCUUCUGAGGAUUGAUUGAAAGUUAUCCAUUUACAAACCUUAAUUUCCUCGAACUUCUUCUAGAUCAUAUUUUUAUAUAUAUAUUUUUCUUAAUAUAUAUAUUUGUCCUCUUAUUAUAUUCCACCAUGUCAACCAUAGUAUAUCAACAACAAGGCAAUCUCCAGUCCUGUUUUGAGCCUCAAAUCUUCGAGAUAACCGCCACACUAAAGCUGAAGGUGCCGCCGUCUUCGCCGCCGUGCCAGGGCGGUUGGAGUAUACUGCAGAGCCUCUCCGGCAUUAUUUCCAAAGACGCGGCGGCGUGGGAGAAGGAAGCGGCGUACGUUCACCCCCUGGCGCGGCGGUCGGCGUCGUCGUCGGCGCGGCUGAGCGAGAAGAGCCUGGCGCUGUGCACGGAGGCGCUGGGGAGCGAGACGGGGACUGACAUGAUUGAGAGCAGCAGCAUUUUCUCGUCGGCGGCGCUAAUUGCUUCCCCUGCGCCGACGAGCCGGCUUGCUUCCCCUGAGCCGACGAGCCGGCAGGAGGAAUCGCUGACGUCAUCGCAACAAAUCGAAUCACGAAACGUUACCUCCUCCGCCGGCGCGUACAGAUCGAUGAAUCAUAACAGUAACAGAAAUUCACGAAAUAAUAAUAAUUUUCCGCCUCCCUUGACGACGAUUAGCGGCGGCGCGAAUUCUCUGCGGGUGAAGCCCCACCGCGAAGGCGGCAGGUUGAUAAUCAGGGCGGUGGAGACGCCAUCGAAGCGCACUUAUCUCCAAGCCGAGCGGAGCAAUGGCCGCCUUAGGCUAUCCUUUUUCAACGCCGAUCAAAGCGUUGAUUAUCCUCAAAUCACCACGACCGAGGAAAACGACGUCGACGUCGACGGCGAGGAAUUCAAAGAGGAAAGCGACGAGAUUGAGAGCGACAUUAAUGGCGAAGAUGAAGUUUCAGAAGUCCAAGAGCUUGAAGAAGAUGAGGAAAAAGAAGAAGAAGGAGAAGAAGAAGAAAGUGACGUGUACAUGGCAAGGGACAUGGAUGGGAAUACGUCGAAUGUUGAGGUGGAAAUGGGAAUUAAGAAAUGUCUGCUAAGCAGGUGCAAGGAAAGUGGACAUAGUCAAUGGGGGGAGCCUAAGACUUUGUGGGUGUCUACUUGAAAAACCAAAAAAAAAAAAAAAGUUUUGUUUUUUUUUAGAUUAAUUUGAAUUUCUUUUUCUCAAA